GCCCGCUCCUCCUCCUCCUGCCGCUCCUCCUCCUGCAGCGGGGGCCGCAUCCUGCUGCCGGGGGGGAGGGAAUUGAUGUGGAUACCCAGCGCAGCACCACCACCACCACCAUGCAGCCGCCGCCGAGGAAGGUGAAAGUUACACAAGAGCUGAAAAACAUUCAGGUUGAGCAGAUGACAAAACUUCAGGCCAAGCAUCAGGCAGAAUGUGACCUACUGGAAGAUAUCAGAGCAUUCAGUCAGAAAAGAGCUGCAAUUGAGAAAGAAUAUGCACAGAGCAUUCAGAAACUGGCUAGCCAAUACUUAAAGAAGGACUGGCUUGGAAUAAGAGCUGAGGAACGAAGUGAUUAUAGGAGCAUGUACUCAGUUUGGAAAUCACUCUUAGAAGGCACCAUGCAGGUGGCCCAGUCCCGACUCAACAUCUGUGAGAACUAUAAAAACUUAAUUUCUGAACCAGCCAGGAGUGUCCGGUGCUUUAAGGAGCAGCAGCUGAAGAAGUGUGUGGACCAGCUGACAAGGAUCCAAGCUGAACUACAGGAGACAGUCAAAGAUUUAGCUAAAGGCAAAAAGAAAUAUUUUGAGACUGAACAGAUGGCUCAGGCGGUGCGGGAGAAAGCUGAUAUUGAGGCCAAGUCCAAACUUAGUCUUUUUCAGUCAAGAAUAAGCUUGCAGAAGGCAAGUGUGAAGUUAAAAGCCCGACGAUCCGAGUGCAAUUCCAAGGCUAUUCACGCCAGGAAUGAUUAUCUCCUCACUUUAGCAGCUGCCAAUGCCCACCAGGAUCGCUACUAUCAAACUGACCUGGUGAACAUCAUGAAGGCUCUUGAUGGAAAUAUAUAUGAUCACCUUAAGGAUUAUUUAAUGGCAUUCAGCAGGACUGAACUAGAGACAUGCCAAGCUGUACAAAACACAUUCCAGUUUUUACUGGAGACUUCCAGCAGGGUGGUGCGGGAUUACAACCUCCAGCUGUUCCUGCAGGAGAACUCCGUGUUCCACAAACCUCAGCCUUUCCAGUUCCAGCCCAGUGACAGUGACACUAGUUUUAAUGCAGUUCAGCUGGUGGAGAUUGAGCCCUCACCUGUCAGUGCUAUGAGAAUGACCAUAGCAGAGAGCCGGCAGCUGGAGUCAGAGACGGGAACCACCGAGGAGCACAGCCUGAACAAGGAGGCGCGGAAAUGGGCGACGCGCGUGGCCCGCGAGCACAAGAACAUCGUCCACAGCCAGAGGACCCUGGAAGAGCUGGAGUGCCACGGGGCCGUGAUGUCCGAGCAAACCCGAGCGGAACUGGAGCAGAAAAUAGAUGAAGCCAGGGAGAGCAUUCGCAAGGCUGAGAUCAUCAAGCUGAAGGCAGAAGCAAGGCUGGAGCUGCUGAAGCAGAUUGGGGUGUCCGUGGACACGUGGCUGAAGAGUGCCAUGAACCAGGUGAUGGAGGAGCUGGAGAACGAGCGCUGGGCCAGCCUGCCCUCGGUCACCAACAACGGCUCCGCGCACCUGGUCAAUGCUGAUGCAGAAAAGGAGGAAGGUGAAGAGUUUGAAGACAGCAUGGAUGUUUUUGAUGACAGCAGUUCUAGUCCUUCUGGUACUCUCAGAAAUUACCCUCUCACCUGCAAAGUUGUUUAUUCCUAUAAGGCUUCUCAGCCAGAUGAGCUGACCAUAGAGGAGCACGAGGUGUUGGAGGUCAUUGAAGAUGGAGAUAUGGAAGACUGGGUGAAGGCACGGAACAAGGCUGGACAGGUGGGAUAUGUGCCAGAGAAGUACCUGCAAUUCCCAACCUCCAGCAGCCUCCUGAGCAUGCUGCAGUCCCUGGCUGCGCUGGACUCCCGAUCCCACACCUCCAACAACUCCACGGAGGCUGACCUGGUGCCAGGCAGCCUCAACGGGGACUCCAAUGUCUGUUUUGUCAAAGCACUUUAUGAUUACGAGGGGCAGACAGAUGACGAGCUGUCCUUCCCAGAGGGAGCCAUCAUCCGAAUCCUGAACAAGGAAAACCAGGAUGAUGAUGGCUUUUGGGAGGGGGAAUUCAAUGGCCGCGUCGGGGUCUUCCCCUCCGUGUUGGUUGAAGAGCUCACAGCCUCAGAGAAUGGAGAGACUCAGUGGAUUGGGGAUAUCCAGGUAUCCCCCACUCCAAAGGCCAACAACUCCCUGCCACCACUGCCUUUGUAUGACCAGCCUCCCACCAGUCCCUAUCCCAGCCCGGAUAAAAGAGGAUCCCAGUUUUUCCCCAGGUCUCCAUCGACGAACGAGAACAGCUUUGGUUCAGAGUCCCCUGGAUUCUCCCAACCUCCACGAAUUCCUCCGGAAAGUUCCUAUGGCAAACUGCGGCCUGUGCGAGCAGCUCCACCCCCCCCGACACAGCACCACCGCCGGCCCACGGAGAAGAUCGAGGACGUGGAGAUCACUCUGGUGUAACGAGGGGACUGGCUAAUUAGUAGUGCUACAAUCAAGGCCAAACACAGCUUUUGGUCAAUCUCGUUUUUAGGCACCUUUGCAUGAUGAAGACUUGGACUAGAGUGAGCGAUAGGGAGGAUUUUAUGUGGCAGUGACCUGGCGGAUUCCUUCCCACAGUCAUGAAUAUUUUGUGCCUUUUGGUUUUGUUUGUUUGUUUGUUUGGAUUUCUCUACAUCAUUCUUCUUCUCUUAGCACAAACCAAGACAGGCCAAGAUUGGCUUUUUUUCUUGGCUGGAGAUGCUCCAUGUUGAUGUGGAGACAAAGAAAGAGCCCCAUUCAUGCAGCUUAGUCUUAGCAUCCUUUGCUCCUGUGCAUUAGUACAGUAUAUUACUGUUGCCAUAGGAAUGUGUUAAAGAUUGUGGAUCCUUCCAGUAGCAUCACCUGCCUGAUCAGGUAUUCAUCAGAAGAAUGAAAAAGGGAAUGGAAAAAGAAGUCUAAAGGAGAGGCUGGCUCCUCUUGAAUCCCCCUGCAGAAAGGAAGAGAUGGGAAAAUGAUCUCCUGGAGAAGCAAAAGUGUUCAUUCCAUGGGUGCUCCCCUUGUCAGUGAUUCACAGCUGAACAUUCUGCCUUUGGAUUUUUGUGUUUACUCAGUGCAUUUACUCAUAGAGGAUCUAACAUGGAGGUGCUGAACCAGCAGCAACAUCUUCUUCCACAGCAGAAACCAACGGGUA